GGUGGAAGAUCAUCUUUCAGGUGAGACUCUUGUGUCAUUGUCAGAGCCCAUCCGGGUAACAGUUUGCCUGCCAGCACCCUGCUCCCUGCCUCUCGCUCUAGCUGCAGUAUAUCUGCCUCUUCAUGUCAGCCAGCAGACACUUACAUUUGUUCUAAAUGAGACUUCUCAAAAAAUGGGCCAAUUACUUGAAGAGCACAGACAGCAUCGGGCAGGAAAUAAAACCAUCUGGAACUCCGCAGGCCAUUGUUACUCUAAGCAGCGGGAACUUGGAGAACAAUGUCCAGACCCAGGAGGCUGUUGAGCCCCAGCCCCAGUCCGUGUUGGAGACGGCAUCACCUGCUCCUGAGGCACUACCAUCCCGAGGCACUUGGGGAGGGAAGCAUGAGUUUUUGCUGUCCUGUAUCGGAUACUGCGUGGGACUGGGCAACGUCUGGAGGUUCCCCUAUCUCUGCUAUCGCAAUGGAGGAGGUGCCUUCCUGAUCCCUUACUGCAUCAUGAUGCUGUUUACUGGCCUGCCCCUCUUCCUGAUGGAACUCAGUCUGGGACAGUAUGGAGGAGCAGGACCAAUACGUGUGUGGAAAUGCUGCCCUCUGCUGAAAGGGAUUGGAAUUGGAAUGCUGGUUGUUGCAUCGUUGGUCUCUCUUUACUACAAUGUGAUUAUUGCCUGGACAUUCUUCUAUCUGGGUAAUUCUUUCCAGAACCCUCUGCCUUGGUCGUGUGAGGCUCCAGCAAACAUUCCCCUGUGUCAGAAUUUAACUGCCAACCGAACUCAGCAAAGUGCAAGUGAAGUCUUCUGGAAUGAGCGUACCCUGGGAUUGUCGAGGAGUUCAGGUCUACAUGACCCAGGCCCUGUCCGAUGGGAACUGGCCAUUUGCCUUCUCGCUGCCUGGGUCGUUAUCUUCUUGUGCUGUCUGAAAGGGAUUCGCAGCUCAGGCAAGAUUGUUUAUGUGACUGCUACAUUCCCCUACCUGGUCCUGAUUGUGCUGAUAAUCCGAGGCGCCACCCUCAAAGGUUCCCUCCAAGGCGUGAGGUUCUACCUCAGCACGGAUUGGAAACGUCUGGGGAGUGCUCAGGUGUGGAAUGAUGCUGCAUCCCAGAUAUUCUACUCCCUGGGGAUUGGUUUUGGAGGAUUGCUGUCAAUGGCAUCUUACAACAAGUUUGAUAACAACGUUGUCAGGGACACCCUGAUCAUAGUGACCGGCAACUGCAUCACCAGCUUCUUCGCAGGAUUCGCCAUUUUCUCCAUCCUGGGUCACAUGGCCUGGAAGAAAGGUGUGGCAGUGGGAGACGUAGCGGAUUCUGGUCCAGGGUUGGCGUUUGUUGCUUACCCAGAAGCCUUAGCACUGCUGCCUGGUUCGUUUAUUUGGUCAAUCCUGUUUUUCCUGAUGCUCUUCACCCUGGGGAUCGAUACACUGUUUGGCAACAUGGAGGGGAUCACCACCGCGUUCCUGGAUGAGUUCCCGGUUUUACGGAGUGGGAAAUGGAAGGUCUUGUUCCUGGCUGCAGUCUGUUUCGUUUUCUAUCUGCUGGGACUGCUCCUGAUCACUGAGGGUGGCAUCUAUUGGUUCACUCUCAUCGAUGCAUUCAGCACCAGUUUCGGGCUCAUCAUCAUCACCCUCUUCAUGUGCCUGGGCAUCGCAUUCUUUUACGGUGUGAACCAGUUCUGUAAUGACAUAAUUGACAUGAUCCGUCUUUGUCCUCCCUGGUGCAGCAAGCUGUUACUCUACUUCAAGGCUUGCUGGGCCCUCUUCACACCCCUGCUCCUCCUGUUCAUCCUGAUGUAUGUAUUUAUUGAGAUGUACAACACACCCCUGCAUUAUGGUUCCUAUGAGUUCCCACUGUGGGGGAAGGCACUAGGAGUCUGUUUGGGGGUCCUCUGCUGUAUACAGAUCCCAUUCUGGGCUGUGGCUGCGAUACUGAAGGAAUCUGGAACGUGGCGAGAUCGGUUUAGGAAAGCUAUCCGACCCCUGAACUCCUGGAAGGUGACAGGGGGUGAGCGGACAUUCACAGAACAGACAGUCGAUGUGCCUUUCUCAGUGACACUGACUCAACACGAUUUCAACGAGGUUCAAGCCUGAACAUGGGGGAGGCUGGGCCAGGGGGCAGUGACUGGACUCGAACCCAUGGAGCGCGAGGAUUCGGUGGAGGGCAUGGGGGUCUUCUGCUGCAGGUCAGCCACUCGGAGACAAGAGGAGACGGACUCAAUGCUGACCAGGGGCCUACCCCCAGCCCAGUUACAGGUCUGAGGAGAGGGCAGUGCACAAUACCGGGUACCAUGGUGCUGCCAUUCCCCAGACUGAGAGUUAACACUGGCUCCCCCCAAAUCCAACACAUUGUCUUCCGGACCUGAAAUCCUUGCUUCCAGGAAAUCCUUGUCUCCCCCAGGAUAAUAGCCCCUCACCACACGUUGUGUUCCACAGGAGGAUCCAAUGGGAUUGUUUGGAAUGUUACAGCCUCGGUCAGCCUUCCAGGACCAUGACGCCAGUUCAGUGGUUGACCUGCCCUGACUCAGCACCAUGUUGGACCUGUACAGAAAUCCCAACGCAGUGAUGAGCAGACGAUAACCAACCACCCCUCCCCCAAAGGCACAGAACGUGGUCAUUAUCAGGAAGGCAGCAGCUAAUCUGCGCAGAGGACAAUGCAGCCGAAUAAAUGACAGAAUGUCUGUU